GUUUUAAAUAAAAAGGAGGAAAAAAUCGCAUGACCAAAUGAAUUCUUCAAAUGAAAGAGCGAACUGCAAGCUACCUGGCUCACACUCCCUCUCUCUCUGUCUCUCUCUCACUCUUCCUUUCUUCCUCUCCCUCUCUCUUUCUCUCUGUACACAUUGCAAAUCAAUUUCAAUAAUAGCCAUAUGAAAGGCCAUUUCGAUAUUAAUGUUAUGCAGACAAUUAGCCAAGUCCAUUGCUGGCAUUCCUUGAUGGCUUUGAGUGAGCCAUCAAUCAGCUGAGCGCAAUAAUUGAAUUCGGCUGCCAUUAUGUAGUCCCGUUUCAGUUUAGCAACAGCAUGUGGCGCUUCAACUUGCUUUUUAUCCUGCUGAAGGCGCAGUGUCUGCUCCUGGAUGGCGUUGGGCUCCUGAAGUUGAGCUUCGACAGAGCGCAUCAGCGCUAUCGCCUGAGACGUGGCUGCUGUUCCUCCUUUCUCACGCCUUUGCCGUGCAUACUGCUGAUUCUCCUCAACAUUAUACAGUUCCUCUUGCGCUGCGAGACGGAGCACAACAAUGCGACCUACAAUGAAAUUGUGCCCGAUACGCGGCCGGAGCUGGACGUGGUGGAUUUCUUCAUGCUCUUCGCACGAAAUCUCGUCUAUGUGUGGAUGCUGAUUAUGUUUUUGUCCGGCAGGCUGCAGCUCUGGUAUAUGGUAGAUCAAGCUCAGCUGGUCUAUAAGCAUCUGGAGUCUGUGCUGCGCGAGCGACUCCAGCUCAAGUGCUCCUGGCUGCUCUUAUUUCUGGGCAUUUUUCAGCUCCUGCUGCUGCUCGUGCUGAGCUUCAACCUGCUCUGCUUCAACUUCCCACAGGCAUUUGACGAAAGUUUCGUCAACUAUGGGAUGUGCGCCAUGAAUCUGCUGCUGGUGCUCCUGCUGACCGUAUACCUCUAUCAGCUGCUGCUGCACACGGCGAUGCUGCAGUCGCUGAACCAGUUACUCAAGCAGUUGCAGUUGCAGCAGCCCAAUGAGCUCAACCUGCUGCGUCAAGUGCUCCAUGUUUGUCCUCUGCUCAAGCGCAUUCAGCACUUGGCUGCCUUCUACUUUCGAUUGGUUUUCUGUUGGCUCUUCUACCUGCUUUGCCUCAAGUGUGGUGCUUAUGUAAGUGAGUUCCGCUACGAGGAGGACGUGAUCCUGUCGCGGCACAAGUCCAUCGACGCUCUGGAGGAGGAAGCGGAGUGGCUGGGUGAAGAAACCAUACCACAAACCCGGGACCAGGCACUGAUUCUCGCAGCCUUCGAGCUCACUGGGAUACUCACUAUGACGCUGCCGCUGCUCUGCGCUGCAAAGCUGCAGCAGCGAGAGCAGAAUAAGCUUAUCAGCAACAUCUGGAAGAUUGAGCUGCCCAGCAGCAAGCAGCAGGUAUCUCCCAGGUCAUUCAGUGAGCGCAGAGACUGCAAGGACAUCAUCGGUUUCCUAGUGAGCAUUGUUGUUGAUAGCAUUAUUAUUCUCUAUGUCCAUGCAUCCCUCCCUUACAGCUCAGCACACGCCUGCCCUUGGUCGACUAUCGUGCGCAUUCCGUCAGCAUUUUGCGGCUGCAAAAUGCUGCUGCAGGUGGUGAUCUGCACCACCGUCGUUGACUAUCUGCAGCAAGUGGAGCUGGAUCGCCUGCAGAGCCGCAGCUAGGUCAAAGGGUCAACCCGUUCAGCAUUCAGCGGCGCCACA